UUCGUCACGUGGCAACAUAAAAUUGGAGGACACAUAAUUGUGAGACGUUUUAGCUGCUCUUCUCCGAGCUCUCGCACCCAAAGAAGCUAAUUAAGACGACGUUCUGCACGUUUGGCCAUUUUUGUUGCGAAGAAGACUCGCAGUCGCAGGCACCAUCUCUCACUUCUUCUACUCCCACCACUUUGUCUUCUUUUGAUUAUUAUUAUUUCUCUCUCUCUCUCUCUCUCUCUCUCUCUCUCUCUCUCUCUCAAAACACAGAUUCGAAUCGAUUCCUUGGGCUCUCAAGAAACCCAAAGCUUGAACUAGGCUAAGGGAUCUGAAUGGAAAUGCCAUCAAAUGAGAAUUCACAGCCCUCAAUGAAUUCUACCAGUGAUGCUGAUAAUCAACAUGAGACUAUUGUUCCUGAUGGUUUAAAUAAUGCAUAUAAGGAGUCCAAGCAUGAGCUUGCUGAAGAAGAAGUUAGAGGCAUACUAGCAGUUAUUGCAUCCACCGGAAAAUUUUGGCAUGAUUGGGACAAAUUAAAAAGCAUGCUAUCCUUUCAGCUGAAGCAGGUUCUGUUGGAGUAUCCUGAGGGAAAAAUGGCAGAUGAGCAGCAAAUUGCUUCUUUAGGAGAAACGUACCCAGAACUGGUGAAGAGGUUGGAUGAAGCUCUUAAUAGUUUUACCGAAGGUCCUCCAUUUACACUUCAGAGGCUUUGCGAGAUCCUUUUGGAUGCACAAACCACCUAUCCAAAUCUCUCAAAGCUUGCUUUUGCACUAGAAAAGAAUCUAUUGGUGACAACCAUGCUGACGGUCUCAACUGAUCCAUAUCCACAACCCAUGGUGCAAAAUUCAGCUGAACCAAAGCAAGCAACUGAAGAACCUAAACUUCACUCUGAUUCAGUGCAGAAUGGGGUGGAACCUAUGGUAGGUGAUAGGGAUGAAGUUAUGGCAGAGGUAGAACAAGCUGAUAUUGAUGAUGAUAUGACCAUUGCCAUAGAAGCUUUUGAAGAUAUAGUUGGAUCAUCAGAAACAAAUUCAGUGCAGACCAAUAAUUCUUAGCAUUCCAGUGAUGUAGUCGAGAGGCGUUAAUCCAACAAGCUCAUUGGUUCACAUGAGCAACUUGGUUGGAUCAUUAAGUCUGGUACUGGGCUUGGUUAACCAUCAAGUUAGCAGCAUUAGUGGAAGCGUGGAUCCUGGUCACAUAGAUUCGGGAAGAUUCUUAUUCAUAUUUAUGCCUAAAUGGUGUAACUAUAAAAUAGGGAGCAUUGCAUCGAGAAUUAUUGGCUGGCUUCUGUAGCUUUUACAAUUUUGCUGCUGCAUUGUAACUCACAGGUCAUUGAUACUUGGCUUGCUUGAUUUUGCAUUUUGAAAUAAAUGCCUUUUCCAAUUUUUUAUGUUCUGAA